CUUUAACAACCGUACAAAUCAACCUAUGCGUUACGACAUUCUUGAUGGCUGGUAAUAAUCGUUCAGUGAACUGUUCAACUGCACUACAGCGAUUGAAACAAGACUACCUAAGGCUUUCAAAGGACCCGGUUCCUUAUAUAACUGCAGAGCCACUUCCAACUAACCUGUUUGAGUGGCAUUAUGUCAUCAAAGGACCAGUUGAUUCACCUUAUAAAGGAGGUUAUUACCAUGGGAAACUUGUUUUUCCGAGAGAUUUUCCAUUUCGACCUCCUUCAAUAUACAUGAUAACACCAAACGGUAGAUUCGCAUGUAACACGAGACUGUGUCUAUCAAUAAGUGAUUUUCAUCCUGACACAUGGAAUCCUGCAUGGUCUGUUUCAUCUAUACUAACGGGCUUACUGAGUUUUAUGCUGGAGAAUACGUGUACCAUGGGUAGUGUUGUGACUUCAACAUGCACUAAAAAACAACUAGCCAAAACCAGCGGAGAUUUUAACCUGAAGUCUGAAAUUUUCUGUGAAUUGUUCCCUGGAAUUGUUAAAGAGAUUCGCGAAAAUCUGACAGCUGAAGAACUUCGUAGUAAACUUUUAAAUUCAUCAAAUCGACGUCACUCACAAUCCGACGCAAGUACAAAUAACUCCGGCAUAAAUGGUGAAAAUAGAAAUGGAUGGCAUAUCUCCAAAUUAUUUGUCCUGAUCGUGUUUAGUAUAUUUGCUUUUCUUGUACAACUUGUCAUGAGAUUUUUAGAACCUAUUUGAUAAGUUAUCCAUACUUAAUCGGUUAUUUCAUGUAUAAACACAUUAUGUCGACAUGGUAGUGAUAACGUACAAUGGUGUGUGGAUAUUGUGUCACUUGUCUACUCUAUCGUUCUUUCAACUGUGUAAAAUUCAUGUAUAACUAUCCUCAGUGAUUAACUCUUGAUCUAAAUUUUUAAUUCUUAUUGUAACUAUUUUUAAUUUUUUCUUUAUGAAUUGGUCACAAUAAUGGUAAACACGAAUGCUGCGCAUGUAUCAUAUAAUAUACUUGUAAUGUCUGU